AUGAACUACAACCGUCGAAGUCCCGGUGGUUUCCGCUCCGCCCCCGCCCCACUCCAUCGGAAUUUUGAUAGUCCACAGCGUUGGUCUCCGGGUAGGGUUGGGGGUUUUCGUCCACCAGGUGCUGGAGACGGGUUCAGGCCGAUGGGAGGUGAAGGUCCUGGAGAUUUUGGAUUUAAUAAUCAUCAGCCGUCGGUGAUGUCUGGGCAGAAACGAGGGUUUCCUUUCUCUGGACGUGGAGCUUCACCGGAUCAUUUUGAUGGUGGAAAUUUUGCCAAACUUUUUGUUGGGUCUGUUCCGCGAACAGCAACGGAGGAAGAUAUUCGUCCUUUAUUUGAGGAACACGGGAAUGUGAUUGAGGUCGCCCUGAUCAAAGAUAAAAAGACUGGACAGCAUCAAGGUUGUUGUUUUAUAAAGUAUGCUACUUCAGAGGAAGCUGAUCAGGCAAUAAGAGCAUUGCACAAUCAACAUACUCUUCCCGGAGGUGUUGGUCCCAUCCAAGUGCGGUAUGCUGAUGGCGAACGGGAACGCCUUGGUGCAGUUGAGUACAAACUAUUUGUGGGCUCUCUGAAUAAACAGGCUCUCGUAAAGGAAGUUGAGGAAGUUUUCUCAAAAUAUGGGCGGGUUGAAGAUGUUUAUCUUAUGCGUGAUGACAAGAAGCAGAGUCGUGGAUGUGGUUUUGUCAAAUAUUCUCACAGAGAUAUGGCACUGGCAGCUAUUAAUGGACUUAAUGGAAUAUAUACAAUGAGAGGUUGUGAUCAACCACUGAUUGUUCGAUUUGCUGAUCCUAAGAGACCUCGCCAAGGAGAUUCCAGGGGUCCUGCAUUUGGAGCUGCAGGAUUUGGUCCUAGAUUGGAUGCACCAGGCACUAGACUUCCAUCAAAUAAUUCUGAUCCUAUGGGUGAUCGUAUGCCUCCCCCUAAUGCUUGGCGUCCAAUCCAUCAACCAAAUACUGGUACAUCUUUCAAUGCUGGUUUUCAUGGUAUGGGGCCUCCAUCGAUGCCAAGAUCUGGCGAUAUGGCAUUGCCUAUAAAUGCAGGUGGUCCUAUGAAUGGCAUGGGAGUCUCCAUAGAUGUCCGAUUUCAAGCUCAGUCUCCGUCAGCAAUGCCACAACAGAAUUUCAACCAGCCUCGACCGCAAAUUCCACCGGUCAAUCAACAAAUACCUCCAUCACAGAAACCUAUUCAAUCAUCUCAGGAGUUUCCACCUUCACACCAGUUAUAUCCUCAAGCUCCGAUGCCCUAUCCACAAACAUCGACACUUCCAUCCCUCAGGCAACACGGUCAGCCACAACCUCUGUCUGCUGGUCCGCAGGGACUGGGCAUUAAUGCACAGUUUUCAGUUCCUCAACCUCAAGCUCAGCAGAGUGUUUUGUCUGCUACGUUUCCUCAGACCUCUCUUGAUACUAACAUCCAAUCUAACACAGCAUUGACUACCCCUAGUCAACAGCAAAUUCCUCCCUCUAUGCAGCAGCAGCAGCAGCAGCAGCCGCCACUUCAACCUCUUCAGCAAUCCCCUUCCCAGCUAGCCCAAUUGGUCUCACAACAAACACAGACUUUACAAGCAAGCUUUCAUUCAUCUCAGCAGGCCUUCUCCCAGCUUCAACAACAAAUGCAGAUGAUCCAGCCAUCCACUCAAGCAAUGACAUUGCAGCAUCAUGCAGAAGCUACUAAAACACAGUCUCAAUGGGGCGGGCCUGUACCACAUGCAGCCAAAGGCACUCAUGUGGCUGCACCUGCUUCCGGUGCUCCUUCAUCAUCAGUUGUUACUUCUUCUGUACAAGCAAUAAGCCAGAACACAACUCUUCCAAAAUGUAAUUGGACAGAGCAUCUAUCUCCCGAGGGCUUCAAAUACUACUAUAAUAGUGUGACUGGGGAAAGUCGGUGGGAGAAACCCGAAGAGUUGACAUUGUUUGAACAACAAAAGCAACAGCACAGCCAGUCUGUUCAGCAGUCUCAAAUUCAGUCACAGCCUUCAAUACCACCCACCCAACAAAUUGCACAAAACCAACAGGUUCAGCCUCAAAGUCAUUUCCGAGAACAAGUUCCCCACCAUCAACAAUUACAGCAACCCUCCUCCUUCCAGGCAUAUGGAGUUACAGGUCAUCAAAAUGUUCAGGAACUUGGUUAUAAACAGACGUCAUUUGUUUCUGCUGGUGAUCCUGGACGUUAUUCACAGGGUAUUAAUACUACGCAAGAGCUGAUGUGGAAAAACAGACCUGCAGGAGUUUGA